GAAACCCUGUCUCAAAAAAACAAAACAAAACAAAACAAACAAAAAAUGUCAGAUGAAGAAAUGAGGGAGGUGUGGCCAAGCAGAGAACAGAGUUGAGAGAAUGACUAAAAGGCCUGGUACUGAGAAAGCACAUUGCAGCUGUGGAGCUCUUGUAGGUUCGGCAUCCAGAAGUGAACGGCCAUUAAGAAGAAAGGCUCUGCCUCCUAGGACGGAGAAGAUGGAUGUUGACCAGGACUGGCCCAGUGUUUACCCUGUCGCAGCGCCGUUUAAACCCUCUGCUGUUCCUCUGCCCAUUCGAAUGGGGUAUCCAGUAAAGAAGGGCGUGCCCAUGGCAAAGGAGGGGAACCUAGAGCUUUUAAAGAUCCCGAAUUUUCUGCAUUUGACUCCUGUGGCGAUCAAAAGGCACUGUGAAGCUCUAAAAGAUUUCUGCACUGAGUGGCCGGCUGCACUAGACACUGAUGAGAAAUGUGAGGAGCAUUUUCCAAUUGAGGUUGAUACAGCUGACUAUGUGUCAUCAGGACCAUCGGUUCGAAACCCCAAAGCACGAGUGGUAACAUUAAGGGUUAAACUUUCAAGUUUGAAUUUAGACAACCAUGCAAAGAAGAAACUUAUUAAACUUGUAGGAGAUCGGUACUGCAAGACCACUGAUGUGCUCACAAUCACCACAGACAGAUGCCCUCUCAAGAGGCAGAACUAUGACUAUGCGCUGUAUCUCCUCACAGUCCUAUACCAUGAGUCUUGGAAAACUGAAGAAUGGGAAAAAAAUAAGACGGAGGAAGACAUGGAAGAGUAUGUAUGGGAAAACAGCUCCUCAGAGAAAAACGUUCUCCAGACCCUGCUGCAGAUGAGAGCUUCGGAUGGCAGCAGUGUGGCACCGAGCAGGGAGGAGCUGCUGGGGACCAAGGAGGUUGAAGACUACCAGAAGUGCAUUGUUCAACUCAAGAAUGAGGGCGAGAAUGAGGAGAACCUCUCUCAGUACAAAGAAUCUGUGAAGAGACUGUUAAAUCUGGCAUGAAAUUUAAACCAGGUGUCUGCUGUAUCAAUUCUAUGAUGUAUUUAGUCACUGAUUUGAUAUAAAUGGAAAAUAUUUAAGAAUAUUGUCUUAUGUCAGUUACCAUUGCCCCUUUCUGACUCCUGUGUACUGCAGUGUGCUUUUGGGGCUCUCUGGCUUACUUCGGGGGCUGUGCCGCCUCCUGGCAGGCUGUGGUGGUUUCCCUGGUUCUGGAGUGUUUUCACACAGUGCCUCUAGUCCUCCUCUACAUACAUGAACUUAGUUGUUUUGUUAGCUGCCAUGUCUCCACUUUUGGUGUUUGCUUUCGGUCAAUGACUUUGGUUACUGAGGGAGCCUGGCCCAGCAUCUGACCAAGCCCUCAGUGCCCUCAGUAGCCAGCCUCACAGAGGGCUGCACUCUGCAGUGGACAGCAGCUAGGCAAACUUGCUGCUCGCCUGCUCCAGCUUUGUGCAAGGUUUGCUCCGCCUUGUAAAUGUCACUUAACAGAAGGAAAUUCUUUGGAUAGACAGGUAUGGUAGACUGUAGCUAUAAUCCUGGCAUGUGCAGAGCCAAGGCCAGCAUAGCCUACAGGAGAUCCUGUCUCAAGGGGGAAAAAAACAAGAAAACAACAAAAAACUCUUUGAACAUUGAUUGGACUUUCUGUGCAGCUGUUACACAGUGACAUUGGGAGAGGAUAGCACAAAUUCUAAUUGUUCUUAAUAAUAAAACCUCAGAGUCAGAUAUUGGGAUUAAAGCUGAAGGUCAGAGAAGCAAAGUGGCCAGCUACCAAAGAGUUCUCACCUCUACCAAUGCUCAGACCAAAAGGACAUCCUGUCCCGUGAGUGUGUCCGUCCGUGUCCCGCCCCCCCCCCCCUUAUAUCCCUCUCUCCACCCAGCCGUAUUACUUCCUGUCUCCACCUCCAUAGUGCUGGCAUUCAAGGCAGGGGAUCCCAAGUGCUGAGAUCACCUUUGUGUCAGUUCUGUUUCUCUUUUAAACAGAUUCAAUCUCUUAUAGCCCAGGGUGGCCUUGAACUCGCCUCUGGCCUCUGGCCUCUGUCUCCCAAGUGCUGGGAUCAAAGGUGUGUGUCACCACUGCCUGACCUCUUGGCUUACUAGUGUGACUGGCUUUGCAUUCUGAUCUUAAGGCAAGCUUUACUUGUUAGAUCAUAAAAUGUCACCCCAGGAGAGAGGUGUGGCCUGACUGAAAAUAGGGAAUCUUUGAGGCUUGGCAUGCAGAGCUUCCUGGACUCAGCCCCCCCCUCUUCUGGGCCAUGUUAACCUGUAUCUUUACCGGAAGGAUAACUGGCAGAGCCCUGAAUUCUAAAGUUUCCCAGCCUCGGGGUGGUUUUGUAAACACUGAAACCUGCAUUUGGGUCAGAAGUGAGGACAGUCUUAACUGUUUGGCCAGUUCAGGAUGACCUGAGGGAGGGUUCAGGCUGCCAUCAGAGAGGAAUGUCUGGAGUGUAGCUGUAUUUUCAGCCUUCUGUGUUUGCCCCUUGCCUGUCUGGUCUUCAUUGCCUCUCAUCUGAAGGAGGGUUGAGUGUAUUUGUUUCCUUACAAAGGUAAAAACGGUCAUUUCUAUGAGAUUCUUCAGUGUCGUGUGAGAAACCCCAGGAGGGACAUCUCUUUGUACCUCUCCUGUCCUGGAAAAUCCCUAAGCAAUGCAUGUGAAGUAAAAGCACAUUUGGAGCUGGGCAUGCCGACACAUGCCUUAGUGUCAGCACUUGAUAGAUUAGGAGGCCAAGGUCAUACUCUGUUAUAUAUCAAGACUUAAAACAGCAAAAAUGGGGGCGGGGCAGUGGUGGUGCACGCCUUUAAUGCCAGCAGGCAGGAGGAUCUCUGAGUUGGAGCAGCCUGGUCUACAGAGUGAGUUCCAGGACAGCCAGGGCUACACAGAGAAACCCUGUCUCAAUACAAUAAAAGACUUUUCAAAUAA